AGUGUGCAUAACCCCUAUACUAGUUGUGUCCUUGCGCGCGCGCACAAUACAGAUGUAUAUACAGCUCGUGUUAUAAGUGCUAUCAGUUCGACUGCCGACACCGAGCCCUCAACUACUCAAUAUGAAGCUCCUUCUCAUCUCAACCCUCGUGGCGUUCGCUGCUGCCGACGUCUCCCACAUCCUGGCACCCGCCUCCAAGGAUGCUGCUGCCGUGAUCGUGCGCCAGGAGUUGGACGUGGGAGUUGAAGGCCAGUACCAGUGGGCUAUUGAGACUGACAACGGCAUCACAGCCAGCGAGAGCGGGGCGCUGAAGAAUGUUGGAGCCGAGACACCAGCUGAGGUAGUUCAGGGUGCAGCGGGCUGGACAUCCCCCGAGGGAGAGGUCAUCAGCCUACAGUAUGUCGCUGACGAAAACGGAUACCAGCCACAGGGCUCCCACCUCCCCACCCCUCCUCCCAUCCCGGAGGCCAUCCUCCGCGCUCUGCAGUACAUCAAGGACCAUCCCCCCAAGGUCGAGAACUAAGUAGAUAAUAUGUUAAAAUAAUGUAUCUACUAUAUAUCCCUCUUUUUAGUUAAAGAUGACACUUUGAUGUUACAGGCGGUACUUUUUAGUAUCAGAUGACAUGUUAUUUGUAAUAAAUGACCUGUUUUUAUAACAGAUGACAUGUUAUUUGUAAUAGAUGACACGUUAUUUGUAAGAGAUGACCUGUUAUUUGUUACAGAUGACCUGGUUUUGUAACAGAUGACCUGUUUUUAUAACAGAUGACAUGUUAUUUGUUACAGAUGACCUGUUUUUAUAUCAGAUGACAUGUUAUUUGUAAUAGAUGACCUGUUUUUAUAUCAGAUGACAUGUUAUUUGUAAUAGAUGACAUGUUAUUUGUAAUAGAUGACAUGUUUUUGUAAUAGACGACAUGUUAUUUGUAAUAGACGACAUAUUAUUUGUAAUAGAUGACAUGUUUUUCUAAUAGAUGGCACGUUAUUUGUAAUAGAUGACCUGUUUUUGUAUUAGAUGACACUUUUUUAGUCACAAUUGACAACUUUAAGUCAAUUUUUAUACUUAAGGGUGAGCUACACCAUCUAACUAAAACGUUACACAGACCAUAUUCAGUCGUGAAAUAGCUCAUUGGUCAAAUCGGCAAGUUGACAAUUGAAAAUGGUUUGGUUAUCGUUAUAGUUAAAUGGUGCAAUUCACCGUCAAUGCCGCGUAGUACAGAAUUUUAGUCAUAGAUGACAAUUUUAAGUUGAGGGUGACACAACUAUCAAUAUUGGUUAAAAAUGUAUGCGAAAGAUAUAUUUUCGCUAUCUCUUUCACACGCAAUUUAAUAGGAGAGACGUCACAAGUAUAUCUCUCUCCUUCUUUUUUUGAAAAACAAAAAGAAAGAGAAAGAUAGCAGAACUUAAAAGGGGGAUGUGUAAAUUAGAUAUAACUAGUUUAAGUUUAUAAAAAUACUCGUUUUUCUUAUAAUUAUUGUACUGUGAUAAGAAUAUUACGUUAUUGUAAUAAAAAUGUUUAAUAAA